UACGACUAUUCCUUACGUACUCAUCUCUAUCCGCCAAGUCAUCGAGACGGCAUUCAUGCUCAUUUCAUUCCAACUGUCGCGAGGGCGCGCGAACGUCGGUUCAUCACGCUAUCUUCCGGCGUGUCCGCAAUAUCAAAUUCCAAAACCGCGCAGGACACGUAAUUCUCCUCCCGUCGAACACCGGUACAAGUGUCGAGACGCGUGCACCAGCGACCCACCGAGCGCCGUGCACCGUCUGCUGAAUCCUGAUUACCUGCCCGGCCAGGCACUGCUCGCUCGGGAAGAGUGCGCUUAUCUGCCGGCGGCUCAAAACGUGGUUUCAUUCUCGACUCCGUCCGAAGUUCGAAGCGCCUCGCCAAUCACUGAUCCCUGUCAGAAGCACUGGCACGCCCAUUGUCCUUCGGACGUACUUAAAUAAAAACCCUCGGCCGCGGCACUGGGCCCUUGCAUCCGUCUCCCUCGACCCCCUCCUCCCCCUCUUCCUGCUUCUGCCGCUGCUGUGGCUUCCUGUGCACCGGUGUCCAGCAGCGAGGACCGUCUGGGCUGCCAGUGGGCCAGGCGCCCCUUCGUCCCCUUGAUUGUGCCAUGCUUCCCUUUGCGCUCAAGCUGGUGUGGUGCAUACUGUGCCUCCUCGGCACGGUGCUGUCGUGGGCGGCCUUCAUGGCCCUUGGAUCGCUGAUGGGCACGACCUGGGCGCCGUUGUGUUUCUGCAUCGCAGUGACAAUGUAUGAAGGGAUGUUCUGCCUAGGCAUGAUAUGGCGAAUGGAUCCGUCGAGCAUGCCCAGAGCCUUCUGCAUCGCGCAAACACUCGUCAUGGAGGUGUCCAUGUUCUUCCUCGGCGGCAUCUGCAUGGCCCUGUGCAUCGCGACGAGCUUGCACAUCCUCAAGCCGAAGAAGUGGGGCAAUAUACAGACGUCGUUCAAAUGGAGAUCGAUUUAUGUGCUGCCCGUGAUCAUCUACCCACUGGCCGCGUCCGGCAUACAACUGGCCUUGGCGUUUAAGACGAAUGCGAUCCAGGCGGCAAACGACAUGUACUGCGACGCGACCAAUCCACUCUGGGUGCGGCUGACUGGACAUGCGAUCCCCGUGGUGCUCAUCUUCCCGUCGGCGGUUCUGUCCGUCAUCUCCAUCCGCCGGGUCAUCCGGACGCUGAAGCACGUCGAGCGCGCGCGGCAGGACGACCACGAGCUUCCUCGCCAGAUGCGCCGGGAGCACCGUCACCUCGGGCUGAAAGGCUCGAGCCCAACAUCGCCGUGUCCCUCGGAGGAGAUGUUCCCGCCGUCUCCCGGGAGACAGCUAGUGCAUCCCAGAUUCCCGGUCCAGGCGAGCCACCAGCGGAUGGGCUUCCAUCUGCCGUUCUUCCGGCGCAUGAAGACGUUCUCGGGCCACCCGUCACCUCCACUGCCGUCGCCGUCACCGCGGCCUGCUGAUGGAGACACGGAUAGUGUGGCGUCCUCGAGCUUUCCGACGUUCGCGCCGAUGAUCGACCCGAAGGACAAGCUGUUUCCGACGCGGAGUCGGGACGAGGAGCAGGACCGUCUGUCGCGCGAUCUCGGACCCUGGGAAGACGACGGACACGUCUCGUCUGCGACGACGAGCGUCACGGGGCACGACCGGUCGCAGGAGGACCUGAAGACGCUCGACCAGGCGCAGGAGGACGACGGGACCUUCCACCUCAGCUAUAUCGACAGCGAGGCCACCCCGACUCAUAUCUCGCACAUGGCUGUUGUGCCGCAAGUGACGCCGCAGAUCCACCGGCUCAUCGUCUUCCAGAUAUCCUUCCCGAUAUUCAUCAUGUUCGUGAGCCUGUCGACGAUAAUCGAUGUGGCCAAGCACCGCAGCACACCGACGCCAUUUGGCACGCAGCAUGUGGUGCUCCUCACCAAUGCGUGGGCCCCCGCCAUCGUAUUCGGUUCCUUGAAGGGUGUCCGACAAAACAUUGUAUCUUUCUGCCGGUCGCGCUGGCGAUAGCGACUGGACACUCGGACUUGUCUUCUUUCCUAUCUUGGCUAACCACCUCUCUCACUGUAUCUUAGACACACACACACACCGUAUACACCCACACACAUAUAAACAUACAUCCCGUGUAACUAGAGACCACAGCGGUCCUCUCUCUAAUUGCUCGCGCUGAAUAUACGUGUAAGCGCGUUCCGACGCGUGUCUAAUUGGCGUCACAUGUGACUGCACGCGUCGUGGCUGUCCACUUGCGCAAAGUGACUCUUUCAUCCUACUCACCACCACCCACGCGACUCGUCGAUCAUCUGCUCAUGGUCCGACCCAAUCCGUCAGUCAUCCCGGUCCAAUUUCCUUGCUAGAGAGUCUCUUAACACGUCGCGCACUCGCAG